AUGGUAGACAAUGCUCUUCGUCGACAUGCUGAACAAGAAGCAGACGAUAGUCCUGAUGAAGAGUCUCCAAAUGAAAGCACUCAGAGGUUUUACAAUCUCUUGGCUGAGGCAAACCAACCUGUAUUUGAAGCGUAUGACAUGUUAUCUGGUUGGAGCAUGCAUGGUCGAUUAGCUUGUUCACAUUGCAUGGAACACACAAAGUCAUUCUUAUUGACGCAUGGUCAGAAAAGUUGUUGGUUUGACUGCCAUAGAAGGUUCUUGCCCAUUGAUCACAUGUUUAGGAGAAACAAAAAGGCUUUUCGCAAAGGACAACUUGAAACAGAUAUGCCACCUCCUAGGCUGAAUCCAUCUCAAGUUUGGAGAAGAGUGAAACAUUUUCCAAAAGUCAAUGAAAGUGGUAUCAAUAGAAUUGAAUGGUACGGGGAGUGGCAUAAUUGGACCAAGAGAAACAUUUUUUGGGAUCUUCCGUAUUGGAAGGAUAACUUGUUGAAACAUAACUUGGAUGUCAUGCAUAUAGAAAAGAAUUUCUUUGACAACAUCUUCAACACAGUCAUGAAUGUUAGUGCUAAGACGAAAGAUAAUGAAAAGGCAAGGAAAGAUUUACCUUUGUAUUGUGCGCGAAGAGACUUAGAGUUGAAGGCCAAAUAUAAUGGCAGGUUGCUAAAGCCAAAGGCAAAUUACAUCUUAUCAAAAGACGAGGCCAAAAUAGUUUGUCGAUGGAUAAAGGAGCUUAGAAUGCCAGAUGGCUAUUCUUCAAACUUGGCCCAAUGUGCUAAUAUUGAUAAGGGUAGUAUUCAAGGGUUAAAGAGUCAUGAUUGCCAUGUCUUUAUGGAAACUCUAAUCCUUGUUGCGUUUAGAUGUUUGCCCAUGCAUGUGUUAAAUCCACUGAUAGAAAUCAGUCAUUUCUUUAAGGAUUUGUGCGCCACGACGCUCAAGGCAAAUUAUUUGAGAAAGUUGGAGGAAAAUAUUCCAAUUAUUCUUUGCAAAUUGGAAAGAAUACUUCCUCCUGCAUUCUUUGAUUCCAUGGAACAUCUUCCAAUUCAUCUUGUAUAUGAAGCACGGCUUGGUGGACCAGUGCAAUAUAGGUGGAUAUAUCCGUUUGAAAGAUUCAUGGGAGAGUCAAAACGUUCAGUCAAAAAUAAAGCCAGAGUGGCAGGAUCAAUUUGUGCGGCUUACUUGCAUCGUGAAACAACAUACUUUUGUUCUCAUUAUUUCAAAAACUUCAUGUUGUCGUCGAUGAAUGUUAGGAAUGAAACACAAUGUCAAUCUGGCACAUCUCAUUCAAAUUUGUCGGUGUUUCGAGAAGUAGGCCGUCAUGCGGGCAAAGAGUUCACUCAUUGGUUAAGUGAUGCUGAAUUCAACUCUGCUCAUGUCCAUGUCUUAAUUUAUUUCCUUGAAGUUAAGGUUCAUAACCAGCCAUUAAGUCCCUUAAUUCAAGAUCUACAGGAAUUGUCAAAUUGGCCCAUGAGAUGUGUCAAAGAAUGGCACACGUAUUUUGUAAAUGGAUACAAGUUCCACACCGAUGCAUGGUCGAAAGGAAAAAAGACAACUAAUUGUGGGGUGUUCGUUAAGGGCCUUACAGAGGGUGGUUAUGAUGACUUUUAUGGUAUUAUUCAAAAAAUUUAUGAGCUGGAGUAUAAUACUUCAACUACUCCAAAGAGGGUAGUUCUUUUUUAUUGUCAAUGGUUUGAUCCAUCUAGGAGUGGAACAAGAGUGGAUCCUAGGUAUAAUAUUGUAGAAAUUCAAAUGACUUCAAGAUACCGGCCAUUUGAUCCAUUCAUUCUAGCUCUUAAUGUUAGACAAGUUUAUUAUGUCUCAUAUCCAGCAUUUCGCAACAUUGACAAACGUGGUUGGUGUGUUGCAAUACAAACCAAGCCUAGGGGUCGCAUUAAGUCAAAUGAUGACGAAGACGAUAUCCCUUUCCAAGUUGAUGAAAUGACACAUGGAAAUGAAAUUAUUGAAGUUGAAGGUGUAUCUGCAUUGCACGACUUCGAUGCUGAUGCUGAAGAUGAUGCAUCAAACAAGAUGACAAUGCGAUGA